AGAUUGUUUCACACUACAACAAUGGGGUCUAAUUCAGUAAUUGUCUAACUAAGCGUGAAAGGUGUGUGUUGUGUGAUGUAAUGAUGAUGUAAUGCAGGAGUUUGCAAGAGAGGUGAGUCUAAGAAGAGAGAGACUCCCCCCUGAGCCAGCCAGUUCGGUGGACCCAGCCACUGUGGUCCUCAUCAGUCUGAGACUGCCCAGUGGAGAGAGACUAGACAGAAGAUUCCAUAUCUCCGACCAGCUACAGUCACUCUACGACUUUGCCUACACCAGUGACAGCGUCCCUCGCCGGUUUACUCUGGUCACAAACUUUCCAAAGAAAGAGCUCCACUGUCCCGCGGACGGCGGACCAUCGCUGGGCGAGCUGUCUCUCGGUCCAAAGAGUGUCGUUUUCAUGAAAGACGAAUCAGACUAGCUAUGUAGCUGCAUUUAUACUGUCACAUUGCUAUUGUGGUGUGCAUGCCGUACACAAUGAGGUAUGUAUUAUUUCAUUUUCAUUGGUUUGUCAUGCUUGAAGUAAGCAGCCAGCAACAUACAUACUAGCAGUCUGUCUAUAACAAAUUUUCAGGCAGUGGGUGAGGCUCAAAGAAAAAGUGGAGUUAUGGCACAGGCCAAGCUCAGAGAUGGCCCUCUAGUCACCCCCCUCCCCAGGCAGGGCCCUGUUGGUUUUAGCGAAA